GUACUACCAGCCAGGUACUACCAGCCACUCUCUUAGAAGGUUUCCUAGUCAGCAUGUAUUCAUUCGGUGCGGUAAUGGAAUUCUACAUGCUGUGCUUUUGCGUGCAACAAUUAGAAGAUGCAGUCCCGAAAGCAAAUCUUGUCGAAGGAUUCUCGAUGAUUAUGUUCACGUUGGGUGGAGUGCUACAAUUCUACAUUCUGUGUUCUUCCGUCCAACAAUUAUUAGACGCAAGUACAGGAAUGACAGAUGUAGCAUUUCAUGAAAACUGGUAUCAAUUUGGAUCACCAAUAAAACGCACCUUCAUAUUAAUGAUUCUGAGCAAUAAUUUAAAAUGUAAACUUACGACGUGCGAAAAGUUAAAUCUCUCUUUGCCAUCAUUUAUGACG